AUGUGCACCUGGCUUAGCACGAUCGGUGAUGCUCUAAAUUAUGCUUUUAAGCAGCAGUCUUGGAUCCAAUGGCCAUUCCAGAAAAAACACCCAAAACUUGACUUGCCGGCCCCACGUCACAAGGCGAUUGGCCACACAAGAAGUGCUGAUAUUGAUGGUCCGGACGACGUUCCGCAUAUUUUCACCACAGCAAAUCGCUCACUCAAUGUCGAGUGGAAUCUGUGCGACAUGAUGGAUCCUGCACGUCGCGUGGAUGUUGUGAGUGACCAUAAGCUGCUUCGUAAGCGAUUGAAAGGACUCUUUGUGGAUAAAAAUACGCAGCUCCAUGCUGAUUGCGACACGCGAACUUUGGCACAAAAUGAACUCGAGAUCAUGUGCUAUUUUGCCAACUAUUGUGAAAUGUUCAAGCAGCCAAUCCACCAAAAUGUCGUUCAUUUGCUCGGUUAUUACUGUGAAAACGAUAGACUUCACCAGAUUAUCGAGUUUUGCGAGCUUGGAAGUCUCAUGAACGCGUACAUUCAAAGUCCACAAGAAAGUUUAUGGCUCACAAAUUCACCAACAGAGGGAGAUGUUUGUGAUGCUAUGUUUCAAAUUUGCUCUGGGCUACAAUUUUUACAUCAACACGGUGUUGUGCAUGGCAAUCUUGGACUUGAAAAUGUUUUUGUCACUAGUGAAAACAUCUUGAAGAUUGGAGAUUUUGAGUAUUCAGUUUUUGUUGGAUCGGAUAAUCCACAUCAGCCAGUCUCAAACCUGCCUUCGCCACCUCUCCGGACAUACAUCGCUCCAGAGAUUGAUGCGUCGAAGCCUGGAGAUUUACUGGAUCUUCAAAAAGCGGACGUUUGGUCUCUCGGGAUCAUGUUUAUAAUGCUACUUACGAAAAAGCCACUAUUUGACGUCGCUCGGCCGACAGAUAGUGGCUUUCAAAUGUUUUGUCGCAUGGGGUUACGCUCUUACUUAAAAGUCAUGUAUCUCGAGCAAUCAGCGAUCUGUAAACUUUCGGAUGAACUUUUUGAAUUCGCUGAAGGGCUACUUCAACCGAAUCCAAGCAUGCGUUUCACUGUGCUGGAGGCUUUGCAGACUAAGUGGUUAAAACAGGAAAAAUACUCGGUGAAAACUUCGGCACCAAGUGAUUCUUCUGCUGCUGCUUCAUUCCAGGCAAGCGUUGUGGCUGCUCGCUUAAUUCGAAGAGAGAGUUGCAGACUUAAUCGGAAUUAG